GGGGUGUGGUGUUGAGCGGCCUAGACCUACAGCUGCUGAAAGAGAAAUGGAUGGGUUGGGUGCAAGUAACCCCUUCUCAGUAGAAAGUGACAACCCGAUUCUGGACCUGGACCUGUAUGAUGCUGACAGCAACGAAAACUUGGACCCAGGGCUGCUCAAGGAAAAGAAUGACUCGUCAUUCUCAGAGCCAGUCCCGCGGCUUUUGACCAGCAGCUCACGGUGGCAAAACCUGACCCUACGCGCCCGUGCCCGCCAGCUGUGGCUGCUCCUCCGUACAGGUCUCCACAACAUCGUGGAAAAGGAAAAGAGAGCAGAGCUGCACGUAGCACGCUUGACGCAUGGGCUGGAGCCACUGCGCUGCCUGGAGGUGGCAGCUGGGCUGCACUCUGUGGCACAGGACCCAGUGGGCAGACGCUUCGUGGUGCUGGACGGCGCAGGCUGCCUGCACCUGCACAGAGAGGACGGCUGGGCCCACGAGAAGUUGCUGGCGCCUGUGGCACUCACAGGGCUGGUGGCAGUGCUGGGCCCGCUGGGCGCCGUGGGCCGCUUUGUGGGCUGGGGCCCCGCGGGCCUGGCUAUACUCAGGCCCGACCUCAGCUUGCUGUGGCUGAGCCAGCUAGGAGGGGUGGGCAAGGCGCCAGGCCGUGAGCCCAUCUGCUGUUUGCCGGUGCCCGACCUGGGCCUGCUGCUAGUGGCAGAGGCAGGCGGCAGCCUGGCGCUCUGGAAGUUCCAUUCAGGGGGUCGCUGCCUGGUGCAGUGCAGGUCACCUCUGCAGCUACCACUAAGCUCCAUGGGUGCGCUUGCACGUCUGGCUCUGGGGCCCCUGCCUCCCGACCACGUCCUGCGCUGCUUCGCUGCCUACGGCUCAGCCGUGCUCACCUUUGAUUUGCACACCUGGGCUCUCACAGAUGUGCGCCAGGAUCUGCACAAAACCACCAUCUCUGACCUGGCAUACUGUGGAGCGGCAGAGGCGAUGGUGACGGCUUCCAGGGACAGCACUGUGAAGGUGUGGGAGUCUGACUGGCAGAUCCGGAUGGUGUUUGUGGGCCACACAGGCCCCGUGACAGCUAUAGCCGUGCUACCGAACACGUUCCUGGUGCUGUCGGCCUCACAGGACGGAACGCUGCGCACGUGGGACCUGCAGGCGGCGGCACAGGUGGGCGAGGUAGCGCUGUGUUGCUGGAGCCAGGACAUGCCGUCCAGGCGCGUGAACCGCCUGCUGGCGCCCGCAGGCCCCGGCUGGCCUGUGCUCUCCCUGCGCGCGAGCAGCUUGGAGCUGUGGCGCCUGCGCGAGCUCUACUCACCGUUGGCGCAGCUGUCUGCGCCGGUGCUCCACCUGCAGGUGGCGCCGCCGCUGCUGGCACCCUCGCACCUGCCUCUGCCCACGCGCCUCGUGUGUGCGUGCGCCGAUGGCUCCGUCUACCUGCUGUCUGUCGCGACCGGGCGCACCGUGAGCGCACUGCUGCUGGAGCCCAAUGACUGCGCGGCUGCCGUGGCCUACUGCCUGCCACGCGAAAUGCUGUGGUUGCUGACACGCGCGGGACACCUGGUGUGUGCCAACGCGGCGCGCUGCCCCAUGCGCGUGCUGCACCGUGUGUGUCCGCCACCUCCCCCAGCACCCAGGCCCUGCUGCCUGCACCUCUACAGCCACCUCACAGACCCCAGCAGUGCGUUUGCCAGCUGGGAGAUUGUGCGCCAGCACGGGGGCGAGCUGUGCCGAAGCUACACAGCCUGGGCCUGGAAGGACAAGAACCGGUACCUGCCGGUGGUGGGGCACACAGAUGGUGCGCUUUCGGUGCUCGAGUGGUGCUCAUCAAACACCGUCUUCCAUACAGAGGCGCACAGCCCGGGCCCGGUCACUGCCAUUGCGUCCACCUGGAACAGCAUCGUGUCCUCGGGCGGAGACUUGACAGUGAAGAUGUGGCGUGUCUUCCCGUAUGCUGACGAGAGCCUGAGCCUGCUGCGCAGCUUCUCCUGCUGCCACCCAGCCGUGGUGCUCUGUGCACUUGGGGAGCGGGUCACCGUGGGCUUUGAGGACCCAGACAGUGCCACCUAUGGCUUGGUACAGUUUGGCCUGGGCGACAGCCCACGCUAUGAUCAUCGGCCCCAGGAUGACCCCAUGGACCACAUCACUGGCCUGUGCUGCUGUCCAGCGCUCAAGCUGUGUGCCUGCUCCAGCCUGGACUGCACCAUCCGCAUCUGGACAGUGGAGAACCGCCUGCUGCGGCUCCUGCAGCUGAAUGGCCCCCCUCAGGCCUUGACCUUCUGUAGCAACAGUGGGGACCUGGUGCUGGCGCUGGGCUCCCGCCUCUGCCUGGUGUCCCACAGGCUCUAUCUGCCCACAUCCUACCUGGUUAAGAAGCUGUGCCGGAGAGUCCCUGAUGUGGUAGAUGACCCUCCGCUGCCGCUGACCAGCCAGGAGUCGCUGACCUCAGCCCAGCUGCAGCAGCUCGCCAACCUGCGUGGGGCGGCCAGCCUCAGCACGGCCUUGUCUUUCAUCCAUCGCCAGACAGCAGCGCCUCAGCAGCCAGUGUUGGAGGAGGACUUGGAAGCUCUAGUUGCCCGGGACCGAGACCUUCGGCAGCUGAGACUGGGGCUGGUGGUCCCGGCGGCCCGGCCCCCACCCUCCUGGCAGCAGCGCCAGGUGGCCUUUGACAACUACCUGCGUCUGAUCUAUGGCCCUGGCCUGCUGGGCAUGCAUUCUGAAAGAGAGUCCCAGCAGUGGAGCACCGUGACCCUUGCAAUGGAGAGAGAGACCUGGAAUGCGUGCGCCCUGCCCAGAGCUGCCCCCAGUGUCAGACAGGCUGGAGUCUGCACUGAAGCCCCAACAGCCCUGCCCCCACAGGGCCUAGGGGCCCUGAGCCAGUGCUUUGUUCGCCCUCCCCGAAUCACCUUGCCCAUCCCACCCACCCGCCGGAGGGUGCACAGCAGGGCAUCCCAGCUGCUGGCCCGUUCCUCCCUGAGCUGCGCCCUGGGCCUCAGUCUGGACCUGCAGCUGCAGUCGGAGCGGCUCCAUGGGGAAAAGCCUGUGGCCCUGGACCCACCAUCCUCCCACUUGCAGCACAGGAUCCCCCUGCUGCAGAAGAGGCGGCCCAAGGAGCUUCUCUCCAACCUCAGGGGCUUCUUUCCCGCCACUAUUCAGUCCUACAAGUACUUGCCGAAGCCCAUCCACUUCCCCGGCUGCGUGCCCAACUCCGUGGUGCUGCAGCAGAUGUGGCUGCCCCGGGAGCCACUCGAGAGCCAGGACAGCCUGUGGCUGCCGCGGGGCAUCAGACGACACCGUGCCGAGUGGCAGCAGAAGCAGAUCCAGUGGUUGGGGGACGAAGAGGAGGAGGAGGAAGAGCUGGAUCUGGACUGGACCUCAGAUUCCCUGAGCCCACAGAGACAGCGCGAGGAGCCUGAGGAGCCCGAGGCUCAGAGCUCCGAGUACUUGACCCCGAAGCCCACGAGCUCCUGUGAUGAUGCUGCUGCCGGGACUGAGACCUCCUACCACCCCGGGGACGCCUACGGCCGCUCAAUUUGGGAAGAGCGCUACGGGCAUCUGCCCAGCUUCCUGCAGUUUUUCGUCUGCCAGAACUGGUUCAAAAAGCUGUUCCCCAUCUUCACUCUGGAGGCAUACCCCGAGGCGGGCACGGUGGAGGGCCUGGCCUCUCUGUUCGUGGACCUGCUGGAAGAGGCGUCCUGGGCAGACUGCGUGCAUAUCCUGCUCGCGCUGCUGCGGCUGCUGCCCGACCUGAGCAGAGACCUCUGCAGCCGGCUGCAGAGCAUCCUCCUGCGCUUGCUCAAUCUGGACCGGCCCCCCAGCCUCGAGGACGGGACACAGAAGCGGUUCGUGAUGCUGGCGCUGCAGCUGCUCCUGGCCUGCUCCCUGGAGUCCCGUGAGGUGGUGCUGGAGCUCAUGUCCUUCUUCCUCUACUCCCCAGCCUCCUGCCGGCCUGAGCUCAAGAAGCUGCUGGACGGGCUAGGCCUUCAGGACCCGCAGGGCUUCCUGUUCAAGGAGAUGAUGACCUGGGUCCAGGGCCGGGACCUCGACUCCAAGGCCACGCUGCGCAAAUGCUGCUGCCAGAAGCUGGAGGAAAUGAUCUGGCAGCUGCAGGAGGCCCUGUCACAGAGUUCGAUGGUCUUUGGGGCACCCGUUCACAUCUCCAUGAUACCCUCAGUUCACUCCUGGAUGCCCUCACUGGUGGUCUCGCCUGGGGAGCCAAACUUGGCCGCCCCUGAGUCCCAGGGUCAGCACAUGCUCUCACAGAUACGCGUCUGUCAGACCAGACGUGCACUGUCUGAGACACUGCUGCACUUCUGCUCCUUGCCUGGGGCCCACUUGCGCUCCUCGGUGCCGACUGCACUGCCCAACGAGCCACCACCACUGGAGCAGACGCACUGGUCACAGUCGCAGAUGCUGGACCUGGGGCCAAUCGAUGCGCUCAACUUCUUCUGUGAGCAGCAGCAGGCACAGAGCUCCCUGCCCAAGGAGCCCGAGAACCUGCGCCUGAGCCGGAGCCCGAGCCCAAGCCCGCACCCACUGGUGCCCAACACGGUAGUGCCACAGCCCCGGGAUCACCGGCACUACCCUAUACUCCAGCUUCAGGAGGCCAAGGUCCAGGGGUCUCCAAUGAGACUGAGGGGCCAGAUGCUUUCCAGGCUCUGGGCGGGCCGUACCCUCGACAGCUCCCUCCGGAUGCUGAAGCUGCCGCUGCCACGGGUGGAACUGCAGCCUUUCCCCCAGGGCUGGCCCAGGCCUGCCCGUCCACUGCCCCCACUGCUUCUGCAGCCCACCCUGCAGCGAUACUUUCUGCCUGACGACACGGACCCUGACAGCUACAGCUGAGCUGGCUGGCGGCCUCGCCCGGCCCCAUCCCCAGCCUCCCCUUCCCUCUAGCAUGUAGUCGGGAUGUGGCUCUCCAGCCGGUUGCUUACUCCUGGCCAAGGCCCAGGGCUGGAAUAAAGUCCAGAGGCUGCAGUCAGCAAA